UAGUUAGAAUUAAAAAAACGAAGAUUUACAGCGAAAAGAUAUAUAAGAGAUGACAGAAGCGUCACAUCGACCAAAGAAGUUCAUGCGUUUCGGUUUAACAUAAAGCGUGAUUGACGGAAAAGUAAGGAUAGGUAUUUAUGGCAGAAUUACAUACAAUCACAACAAAAAUCCAAUCAUGUCAUUUGGUAUUGAAUCUUCUAUAGUUUAUUACAUCGUGAAAGCUUACGAUUGCGAACAAAUUAAAUUUCGACGUCUAUACGGACUAACUUUCUCGUUACCAAGUACAAAAUAGAUAUAAGAUAGCACCUUGUAAAAUAUCAUUUAAUAAUUGUUUGGAAAAUACAAGACAGGAACCAACAUCCUUUGCUUCCUUUGCAAACGUGUAAGCAUAGGUGUAUACAUAGUGAGGAAUGAAUAAGUAAACAGACUUCGCAAUUUGAUUUUUAUUUGAAAAGUUUUAUACCGCGACAACCUCAUGUAUUUAGUUGCAAAGCAGCAAAAUAUACAAUCAGUACCAAAUAACUUGAGAUUUUGCACAGGAAAAACUAUAGCAUAAAUAUGUGCAAUUCGACGAAUAUAUAAUAAUCUUAUUUACUAGCGUCGUAUGUUAUCAUCUAGUAGUACUCCGGGUAUAAAUAGGAAAGUAUUAAGCUUAGUUGAAGUAAUUAAUCCUUAGUGAUAAUGAUGGAACGGAAACUACUCUUCCUAAUGAAAGUCUUGUUUUCGAAAAUAUAGCUGAUACAAAAAUAGAAAUUAAUGAGGGAAUCUUCUCAACUCAUCUCCCUUCCGCCUUCCUUCUUAAACAUGCAAAGAAAACAGAUUGAAGCAGCGAAAAAUAUUAGGUCAAACAUGUUUUUUGUCAUCUAUAAGUAUUAAAUAUCAGGAAAUAUCUCAUACAUUAUCAUCAUCUUCUAGGCUGCAGCAACAAGUUAUCCAACAUAUGGGGAUUGCGCAAUUUUUAUACUAUGUCAGCGCGCAUCUGUGGAGUUUAGUCAGAAUAAUUUCUGUCUACACGCGACCAACCAAUAUAGUUAAGUCAGAACAAACUGUCUAAGAUCCUAAUAUUUUAUUUCAUAAUGUCUUCCACCCAAGUGAAGAAUGACUUUGAAAAACCACGUAAGAAUCGAAAAAGAACCAUUAAAACCUGUGAAUCGACGCCAAAUCCGCAAAAGAAAAGACGACGACCAAAUGCUGCAAUUCGUGAAAGAGAACGACUUAAAAUUUUCAACGACGCUCUCGAAACUCUCCAAAAAGCUAUUCCCGUUCGUUUGCCGAGGGGAAGAAAACUACAUAAAAAGCAAACGCUCACACUUGCAUCUUGUUAUAUACGAUUUCUUCGCGGUUGCUUGGAAGGGCAGAAUGAUUGGGCAGACAGACAUCGCUUUUUGUGGAGUGCGGGUUCACAACAAGAAGACUUAAUAACAACUAUUGAUGCCGCGGCAGAAGGGUUAACGAGAGUUGAAACUUCUCAGCUGCAAAGCGUAAUGACUCCUCCGGAAUCUCCACAUACGCCAGAAAGUCUAGAAUCAGUUGCAAGCACAUCGUAUGGCAGCAAUGAAGAUAUAUUUAAAAAUCAAUUUACUGUAAAUAAUGAAAUCGAACGAAGCACAGAAUCACUAACUGAAGAAAAUUUCCCCCCAUUUUAUAUAAAUAUUCCUGAAUACCAUCCCAUGUCUCCAGAAGAAGAAGAUAAUCAUUUAGAUGAAUUACUACAGGAUCUGAACGAAAUUGUUCCAUUUGAAGAAAACUCAGAUAUUUUACAGGAAAACAACAAUGUUUUCGCGAACAGUACACUUGAAAAUGAUUUUGUUGUUGAUACCAAAUCUUUGCCACAAUUUGUAUAUCAGAAUGCAAUGAUAUAUAACGACACAGUAGAUGCGACUACAAUAAUUGUCAACAGGCAUGUAGAUUCAACAGAUGAAUAUAUAUUCCAAAGCGAAGCAGAGUCAUGCUACAAUGCUGAGAAUAGUGUCGCAAAACUACAUCAACUGGUUGAUAAUAUAGACGGCUCUGCAUUCAGCAUUACAGACAACCUAACCACAAUAAACCCAGAUGAAUAUAUCGCCACAUCAUGGAGUUCAAAUUUUUCUCGAAAUGUCAAGCCUUCGUCAAACCUAUGCAAAGUUUUGUAUUUUGCGUAAUGAAAUUAACUCUGAGUAGUUAUUUUACUUAUCACUUAUUUAUUUAAUUUAUUACUUACCUGUUUUGGCAAUAAAAAAUUUAAA